CGGAUUCAUCCUGGCUGAUAUUAAUUUAUGGAACUUUAUUCAUUGUUCACGGAUUCGUGAAAAUGUGCUGCAAGUGUCCUCCACUUCCGACAGGUUCUCUGUAUAUAAGACUGAAUAUCAUAUUUGGAAUAUUUUCUUAUAUUUCCAGUGGAGUAUAUAUCACUGGUCCUGUUGAUAUUCAAAUUAUAUCGAUUAGUAAAUGUCCUGGAUUCGAAGAUGAAGACAUACAUCUACAAUUUGAAGUUGACAAAAGUUCACAAACAAUAAGUGGAAAUAUUUCUUUGGAGACCGAGUUUGAUCAUCUAGUCAAAUUGAAUUUGAGAGAUAAAAGUAACCUAAAAUAUCCCAAACGUACUCUUCGCAGUUUCAUCAACCAAACAAGUUUCUGCAAAAUAAUUGACAACUACUUGAGCACAGAUGAGGAUUAUGACUAUGCAGAAUCUGGAAGUAAGGAAUCUAUUUGUCCGGUGUCUCAAGGUAUAUACACGGUCAAAGCAGCAACAGCCAAAUUCACAGUUGAAUUCCUACCUUAUGAGAUGUUAAGAACGAAAAGGUAUCAAAUGGAACUAAUCAGAAAUGGAAAGCUUCUGAUUUGUAGAGAAUUCGAAGUUGUAGCCCACCAAGAAGAUAUUUAAUUAUUCAGUUUAUGUGACUAUCUGGAAUUAUUCGUUGUUAAUAUAUGUUUGCAUUGAAAUUGAA